AUGGCUGAAUUAAGCAACGGAAUGUCGUCACCAGUGAUCCUCGCGGAGAACCCCUUUUCAGACCGCUAUGCGCUAGACACAUCUCCCCGGCAUGAAUCUGUCUUUGCCAUCGGCGACGGUGAAGAAGACGAAGAACCAGCCGCGCCCCCAGCAUCCGAACACGCACAGGUCCCAAACCCCACCCUUCAACGCCAAGCCAUCCAACUUAUGCUCGACCUCUUCCCUGGCCAUACAGCCACAGACAUCAAGGUAACGCAGAUGCACUCCAACCCCCACAACCUCACAAUCCAUAUCAACCUCUUCCCUCCGUCUCCCCCCGCCCCCUGGUACACCCUCACAACCCUCAUCUCUUGCCUCCCUAUCCACCACCACCGCCGCCUCACCCGUCCAACCCGCUACACCCUCCGCAUCCCUUCCACCACCACGCCCUCCACAGCUCUAACCUACGAGGUGACCACCCUCACCUACCUCUCCCACGCCUUCCCGCAACCCGUCCCCAAAGUCACCGUCUACGACUCCAGCACGUCUAACGCGCUUAGCACUCCGUAUAUCCUGUACGAACGUCUCCCUGGCUCUUCUCUCCGCGCUAUCUGGGGCACUUUGAAUGCUGCACAACGUCAAAGCGCCGCCCGUGGUGUCGCAUCUUUGUUCUGCGAUUUGCAAAAGUUGCGGAACAAGUGCGCUGGUGUUGUUAGUCCGCGCAACACGGUGUUCGAUUUCAAACAGGAUGUUGUGCGUCUGGAGAAGGUGCCGCUUUCUCGGUCUCGCUCCUCUGCUGCAAUGGGUGGUGCUUUACCCUCGCUGGCGGACGCGAUGAGCACGCGUGAGCUGUUGCAUGAUCUUGUGAAGCGACAGCGGAACAAUACGGAGACACCUGGCGCUGAGGUUGUUUGGACGCGCGUGGAGGCUAUGAUUGAGGCGUUGUCUGAGCGCGGUGUUAUCCCCGACUCUGAGCCCUUUUUUCUGCAGCGGUCCAGGCUGGACGCGGAUCAUAUUCUUGUCUCCGUAGUUGAUGAUGCGAAUGUGAAGAUUACGGGCGUUCUUUCUUGGGGGGAUGUGCUGUUUGGGCCUAAGUUUCUGGGAGCGCAGGUUCCGCAGUUUCUGCUCAGUGGUGGGGGGGGAGAGAUUUGGAAGGCGUAUGGGGAGGAGUUGGUGGGUGUGUUGGCGGCUUUCGAGGGGGGUAUGGGUGAGGAGUGGUGUAAGAUGGCGUAUCGAACGGAGACUGUGCUGGCGUGGAAGCUCUGGGCGGUUUUGCUCAAGGGGUUGGUUGGUGGUUGCGAUGUUUUUGCUGCGGAGGAGAUGUUGGAUGAGUUUGAGAACUUAGGGAUGCGGGCGUGA